GAGGAGCAGGAAGCGGCCUCGAAGGCGGCCGCCGCCUUCCUGCCGCCGCCAGCGGGGCGCCCCGAGCCCUCGAGGCUGCGUCAGGACCCCGGGGCCGCCACACUUCCUCCCCGGGGGCCGCUUCCGCCCGCCGCCCGCCUCCCCGGCCGCCGCCGCACCGGGGCUCUGGGGCGCCCGCGCCCCGCUCGGGCCAUGGGCAGGAUCUGACCCCGCCGCCGGGGGGGUCCGCGCCGCCUCCAUGUCGCUGGCGCUGAAGGCCCGGCAGAAGGCGAGGCGCAAGGGCGGCGGCAAGGAGCGGGUUUUCGGCUGCGACCUCCUGGAGCAUCUCCAGCAGUCGGGGCAGGACGUGCCCCAGGUGCUGAGGAGCUGCACCGAGUUUGUGGAGCAGCACGGGGUGGUGGACGGCAUCUACCGCCUCUCGGGCGUCUCCUCCAACAUCCAGCGGCUGCGGCAGGAGUUCGACAGCGACCGCUGCCCCGACCUGCAGAAGGACGUCUACCUGCAGGACAUCCACUGUGUCAGCUCCCUCUGCAAGGCGUAUUUCCGCGAGCUCCCCAACCCCCUCCUCACGUACCAGCUCUAUGACAAAUUUGCCGAUGCGGUGGCCAUCCAGAUGGAAGAGGCUCGUCUGGUGAAGAUCAAGGAGGUGCUGAAGGAGCUGCCGGUGCCCCACUAUAGGACCCUGGAGUUCCUGAUGAGGCACCUCCUGCACAUGGCGUCCUACAGCAGCCAGACCAACAUGCACGCCAGGAACCUGGCCAUCGUCUGGGCGCCCAACCUGCUGCGGUCGAAGGACAUCGAGGCGACGGGGUUCAACGGCACGGCGGCGUUCAUGGAGGUGCGCGUCCAGUCCAUCGUGGUGGAGUUCAUCCUCACCCACGUCGAGCAGCUCUUCGGGGACGCUCCUCUCCAUGGUGGCGAGUACCCCCGGCGGUCCCUGCUGCUGGGUGGGGGGGGGACAGGGGACGGGCAGCCCCCGGUCUACCACGUGCCGGCCGCGCUCAGCCAGGGCGAUGGGCCCCCCCCAAUCCGGCCCUACCACACCAUCAUCGAGCUCAGCGACCACAGGAGGAAGGGCUCCCUCAAGGCCAAGAAGUGGAGGUCGAUCUUCAACCUGGGCCGCUCCAGCCACGAGGCCAAGCGCAAGCUGGUGAAGUCAGAGGAGAAAGAUGACAAGUGCGGUAAAAUAAGCUUGCGGCCAGCCAAGAGCAUGGACUCGCUCAGCUCCGUCCCCUUUGCCAGCGACGACGACCCUCAGCUGAACAAGAAACGGGCCGUGAAGCAGCCGCCGCAGCACCGGGAGAGCUUCGACGCCUGCCCCUCGCUGCCGGCACCAGAGAGCUGCCCUGAGCUGGAUGAGAGCCUGGAGGAGAAGCUGAAGGGGAAGGAGGAGCUGUGGGGCCCCGAGUCGGAGGGUGAAAACACCACCAAGUCGGAGCCCACCACCCCCAAAGCCGGCCGGGCCUCGCUGGUGGCCCCCGGCCGCUCGCCCAAGGCCGCCCGCAGCCGUGCCGAGAAGUGCGCGGGGGUCCACAUCUCCGGCCCCUUCUCCGUCACCGUCCCCUUCCACAUCACCUCCAACCUCUCCCGCCUGACGCGGGGGCUGCCAUGCCCGGCGCUGGCCCAGGCGGCUGCGGGCAGAGAGCCGCCCGCCAGCCCCCCGCCGCCCGCCCGCCGCUCCGCCGCGGACCCCGAGGUGCCCGAGCACCGCACCGGUGAGAGGCUGCCGCCGGGACCGGCCGGCGUGGGACCCCCGGGGUGCUCGGGGGGACACCAGGCUCAAUCCCCCCCACCUCCCUCCGCAGGGGAGGGGAAGGCGGACGCGGAGGAGACCCGGCUCUCCCUGGAGCUGCGGGACUCCUUCGCCUUCCUGGACAGCCAGGAGACGUGGCUGGAGGGCAGCGGGGACGGGGAGCCGGUGGCGCGGUCCCUGCUGCCGGACACCGGCCCUGGCGACGGCGAGGGGUUCCCGGCCAUAGAGGAGGGGAUGGAGAGCGUGUUCAUGAACCUAGGGGAGCCCCCCGCGGAGCAGCCCGCCAGCUACCUCUCCAUCGAGGAGUGCAUGGACGAGGAGAUGUUCUACAUGGCCCCCAGCGGCUCCGACGCCGAGGACCGUGCCGGGGACACCGACUCCGACGACAUGUUCCUCAGUGCCCACGACGACCUCAGCCUGCUGGCGGCAUCGCUGGAGCCCCUCAACCAGCCGCUGGGUGAGGGUCCGGCCCCAGGAACCCCAGCACCGGCCCAACCCGGCACCAACGGCACCGCCGUGCCGCAGGACACGUCUCCAGCGCUGGGGCCAGCAGAGCCGUGCCCCACGGAGGAGGAUGUGCCGGGUGAGGGGGAGCACCCGGGGGACCCCAGUGGGGUGCCGGCAGAGCCAGGGCCACCAGGCACCCGCCAGACCCCAGGGGAGGGGGGUGGAGGGGAAGGGGCUGUGGACGGCAGCUCCAGCCCCGGCAGAACUGACUCCAGCACGGAAGCCGGCCUGGGGGACGAGGGAGGAGGAGCUGGGGGCCCCAGGGAAGCAGGGCCGGUUCUCGACCCCAGUGCAUCGGAUGAGGAAGUCAAAGAUGGAGCUGGCUCCGGUGCCCCCACCCCGGAGGAGCCUGGCGAGGGUGAACCCCAGCCUUCACUGGGGUCCCCUCCAGUCGCCCCACCGGAGGAGGCCCCCUGGGAGCCAGCGGAGCCCUCAGUCCCCGAGGCGGACCCUGAGGUGGUCCCUGAGCCGGUCAUACCCCCUGCGGCCAGCGCGGAGGGAACCGGUGCCACCCGUGGCGGCAGCCCCGGAUCUCCCUCGCUCUCCGCCUCGGCGCCGGAGCUGCGCAGCACACCCGCCGAGGUGCCGGAGCCGAGCCAGGCCGAGACCCCUGGGGAAGCGGGGCGCUCCGAGCCCGUGGCCGUGCUGCGCCGCGAUGGCAGCGCCCCGGUGCGCCUGGCCGCCCGCACCGUCAGGGUGCAGCAGGCCCGCUCGGUCCCCGUCGUGCCCCCCAAACCCCAGUUCGCCAAAAUCCCCCCAGCCCUGCAGCCCUGGAUGCCCCCGGCCGAGGCCGCGUCCCCGGCCACGGAGGGGGACGCCGCCGCCGCCACGGCGCCGCCCUGGCACCUCCCCAGCCCCUCGGCGCCGGAGGGGCCUCCCCUGCAAUCCGGGGGCGGCGGGGCGGCGGCGGGGACGAGGCGAGCGGGCUGGCGGGAGGGCGGCAGCAUCUCCUUCGACGCGGCGGUGGCCAUGGCCGCCGAGCAGCAGCCGAGCCAGGUGCCGAUGAGGAGGAUCCAGACGUACGGCGGAGGGGAGCUGGCGCCCGCCGCCCCCAAAGCCCUGCCCUUCCAGAAGGCGCCCCUGAGGCCGCGGCUGCUGCGGCCCCUCAGCUGCGCGGCGGCCCCCGAGGGCGAGGCGCCGGGGAGGAGCCGGCUGAGCCUGACCCGGCCGGCAGCACAGGCCGAGGAGGCGGCGUUGCCCCUGCCGCGGCGGCCGGUGGGCACCGAGGGGGCGGCGGGCGAGCGCUGAGCUCCGGGGACGCGCGGCCGGGGCUGGAGGACAUUCGUGCUCCUGCGUGGGAGACGCUGGCGUCAAUAAAGGCCCUGGGCUUUGUGUA